CCGAGUAAAAGGCCCGAGGGAGGACUGGAAGGAAGGCCUCGCAGUAUUUACGACCUUCCCGCAGAGGGACUCCGAUUUAUUUUCACGCAAGCGAGAGAACAUGUCACUGAUUUGCAGAUCGUCGUCGUCGCGGCGGGCAUGGCAGAGGUUGGGGGUGCUGAUCGUCGAUCGAGGACGAUCGAGUAUCGCGCCUCACGUAGCUCCCAGCAGUAAAUUGCUCGCACGAAAUUGGGUCGAACCAGGACCACCACCACGACAUAGCGGUCACGGAGACCGCUCGGGAUUUCUCCUGACGGGACGGCAGAUUUCAUACGGCCCCCUCGCAGGAGGAGGCACGAGGUGGCAUCGAAGCUACUCGAGCGAGGCGUCUUCGGCUCGGCGAGAUGAAGAAGCUCAGAAUGACGAUAAGCACGAGCUGGUCCGAUCUCAAUACUGGGGGAUCGUCCCCAAGAAGUUCACCAGGGACGACGGCAGCCCUUGGCCUUGGAACUGCUUCAGGCCGACGGAGACGCAUCCGACGGAUGUUACGAUCGACGUGGACAAGCAUUAUAAGCCGACGAGCUUUGGUGACAAAUUCGCUCACAUUCUCGUCGGGAAAAUCCUCACCCCAAUGUCGGAGGCGUUUUUCCAGGAACGAUGGGGCUGCCACGCGGUGCUGCUGGAGACGGUGGCGGCCAUCCCGGGAAUGGUCGGGGGGAUGCUGCUGCACCUGCGCUCGCUGCGCCGGUUCGAGCACAGCGGCGGCUGGAUCAAGGCGCUGCUGGAGGAGGCGGAGAACGAGCGCAUGCAUCUGAUGACGUUCAUGGAGAUCUGCGAGCCGCGGUGGUACGAGCGCGCGCUGGUGAUCGUCGUGCAGGGCGUCUUCUUCAACGCCUACAUGGCGCUCUACCUGCUGUCGCCGCAGCUGGCGCACCGCCUCGCCGGCUACCUGGAGGAGGUUGCCGUCCACUCCUACACGCGCUACCUGGCCGCCGUCGACCGCGGUGAAAUCGAGAACGUUCCCGCCCCGGCCAUCGCCAUCGACUACUGGCGCCUCCCCCCGGACGCCCGCCUCCGCGACGUCAUCAUCGUCGUGCGCGCCGACGAAGCCCACCACCGCGAUGUCCAGCACUUCGCCGCGGAUAUACGCAAGCAAGGCAAGCAGCUGCACGAACACCCGGCGCCGGUGGGAUACCAGUGACUCCAGUGAUUGCUUCCUCGAUUCGACUCGACUCGACACCAAAAACAUUGUACAUGGCGCCGAAUGGCUCAAAGUCCCAUGAUUCCUCUCUGUGAAUGAGUGACUGAUGUUGUCAAACAUGCAUGAGCGCGUGAGUAUCAUCAUACGUAAGAAGAGGCUUCGUCGUAGCAAUUCAAACAGGUCAAUUCCACUUUCAGACUCUUAGAAUAGAUGUAGUGGUUCUUAACUGAAGUGAGGCCGAGAGUGGCUGGCUGGCUGGGUGCUUGCGUGCGUGCGUAUUACAGCGGGUUUGUGUUCUGCGGCGAUCCUGUGAACGCUUUCACGGCCACUUAUACUCUUACCUCCAAAAUUAACUCGUGCAUCCAUAUCCUCUCUUCCUUUGUUGCAGCAGUAUGGCUGCUCGUGCUGGCAAGACCAUAUCUUUUGCCAAAACGAGAAUUGUUCCAUAGUCCGAAGGACAAGUGACAAUUCUGAGACCACCGGAGUGCAAUGUAGACGUAGAAGCAAAUACGGGCUUGAGUUUUUCCUACACGUUCCGACGACCUUCUCGGGUCUCCAGAAGGAGACGAUUCUAUUUUCCGAAAUCGUUUUUUAUGACGAGCCGAAAUCUGCUUUUGCAGACAGUCUGCACAGAUUUUCCAGUUCACAUUCAUAUGACAAAAUAUCGUGUGGGGCACAGGAACCUUUGUUUCUGUCAUCGUCAUCCCAAACGACCGGCAGAGUACGGUAGAACGUGGGUACCUUUAAUAAGGUGUUAAUAUGGAACUAAAAAACCAAGUCAUUGUAAAUGUAGACCCUUCAUUGAUAUUAUAAUACCAAAUCGUUGGCACAAUAUUGGUAGAAUUGAAA